GUGCAGCGCCAGCAAAUGUCCAACAGCAGCUCCAUCAGCCACUUCCUCCUGCUGGCAUUGGCAGACACGCGGCAGCUGCAGCUCCUGCACUUCUGCCUCUUGCUGGGCAUCUCCCUGGCUGCCCUCCUCGGCAACAGCCUCAUCAUCAGCGCCGUAGCCUGCGGCCACCACCUGCACACGCCCAUGUUCUUCUUCCUGCUCAACCUGGCCCUCACUGACCUGGGCUCUAUCUGCACCACUGUCCCCAAAGCCAUGCACAAUUCCCUCUGGGACACCACCACUAUCUCCUACACAGGAUGUGCUGCACAGCUCUUCUUCUUUUUUUUCUUCAUCUCAGCAGACUAUUUCCUCCUGACCAUCAUGUGCUACGACCGCUACGUGUCCAUCUGCAAACCCCUGCACUACGGGACCCUCCUGGGCAGCAGAGCUUGUGCCCACAUGGCAGCAGCUGCCUGGGCCAGUGCCUUUCUCUAUUCACUGCUGCACACAGCCAAUACAUUUUCCCUGCCCCUGUGCCAUGGCAAUGCCCUGGGCCAGUUCUUCUGUGAAAUCCCACACAUCCUCAAACUCUCCUGCUCCAAAUACUACUUCAGGGAACUUGGGCUAAUUGCUUUUAGUGCUUGUUUAGCAUUUGGUUGUUUUGUGUUCAUUGUUUUCUCCUAUGUGCAGAUCUUCAGGGCUGUGCUGAGGAUCCCCUCUGAGCAGGGACGGCACAAAGCCUUUUCCACCUGCCUCCCACACCUGGCUGUGAUCUCUGUGUUCCUCAGCACUGCAGUGUUUGCCUACCUGAAGCCUCCCUCAAUCUCCUCCCCAUCCCUGGAUCUGGCCCUGUCAGUUCUGUAUGCGGUGGUAGCUCCAGCCCUGAACCCCCUCAUCUACAGCCUGAGGAACCAGGAGCUCAAGGCUGCACUAAGCAAUUCUUACUAGUACUAUACACUUUCUGCAAGCUAAGCAAUUCUAGCAAGUUUAAGGAUUGUUAUUACAGCUGCUUCUCAUUACUUUCCUUUCACAAGGCAUAACUUUACAAUGGAAUUCCCAAAGCACUAUAGUAAACCAGCAACCAUAUGUAUCUGCACAAGAAGUUUUUUGGCUAUUUAACUAUUGCUUUAUAUUGUAUAGUUAUUUAGCUAUUGAUUUAAUUAAUGAACAAAUGUAUUACUACUUAUUACAA